CCAAGGUAAAUGGAGCAGAAGUCCUUGGCUCGUUUUGUCUCCUCCACAGGCAGGGUCCCAGCGGUCUCAAUGGGGGCCAGGACAGUCCCCUGCCUUCCAUAGCUGUGACUUCUGCUUGACCCCGUGGGUAUGGGAUGGGAGAGAGGGAAGCUGGCAGGAAGGCGUCUCGCUAUUUGGUGGAUGUUAGAGAGUAUGACCCCUGACCAAAGGCACAAGGACACAGAGGUGCCUGUUUGAGUUGUCACUUGUUUUCAGGACCUUUAGUAGUGUCUCAAUAGCCCCCCACCCUGAAACCAAAGCUCAGGUUUAACCAGGGCAGUGAAAUCAUCCUUCCAAGUCUGCAGUACCCUCUGUUCCCAAUGAAGAUGAGAAACUACACUGGAUUCCUCUGUUUUAUAGAAAAGCAAAAAACCCACAGUAUUUAAUUAGUACUUGAGAUUCAGGAUGGUCACAUGGGCACAGAUUAGCAGUGUGGACUGUAGCAAGAUUUGUCAUUCCUCAAUUUCCUCCUGAAAAUAAGGAUACUACUCCUAUCUCGAGAAUGGUAGCAAGGAGUGGAUGAAUGCAAGUUGGCUAAUGAGGUUAUUAGACUCGGGAGGUGUCUACCAUGGUCCAGAUCUCACUGAAGUUUUCCUGUUUCUUCAGGAGGACAACGUCUCAACACAGGAAACUGCCAAUUCCGAGAACCCAGUGUUGCUUACCCUGGCAGGGGCAUCCAGCAUCUUGAAGUUCUUCUCUGAGGAGUUCAUUGGUCAGCACUUCCAGAAGGUGGGGUUAGAGGAAGGCGAUCCUCAGCCUGGAGACCUCUUCCUGUUUGAGUUUCAGUUUCCUGUACCGGUGCCCUUUGUGGCCCACGUGGGUGUUUACUGCGGCCAGGGAGAGAUCAUACACUUUGAGUGCACAAUAUCCAUCGAGGGUUUAGAUAGUCUACUACAAAAGCUUCAGGGUUACUUGGAAGGUGUGGUGUACAAACAGGGCCUUCGUGCGAUGAAACACUCCCGAAAGCUGUUGCGUGUACUACGCAAACGCGGUGGCAUUGACCCUAAGGUGCUGGAGAGCCGUGUGCGAGAAGCCAUGAACAGCAUUCCUGAUCGCUAUCAUCUUGUUGAGAACAACUGCGUGCACUUUGCUCUGAAGCUGCUGGGCAUGAACUUAGAAUAAAUGAACAUGGACUCAACCAUGGAUUAGUGUGACCCUGGGCCCUCCUGAGUGGGCCAGAAGAG